GAUCCUUUUCUUUUCUGCUCCCCUUUCCCCUUUUCCCCCUUUCUUACACCUUCUCCAUCUUCUCCAUCUUCCUCUUCUGCAACGUGUGCCAUCUAUCCAAUGCACACCCAUCAUCUCUAACAUCACUGUUUAUCAGCCUCUUUGCACCAAACCCAGCACGUUCGGGCAGGUAUCCACAGUCGACAUGGCCAAGCAAAUUGAUUGGCACCGAAUGAUACGGACGGAUUCUCGGCUUCGAUUACUAGCUGUUAUUACUACUGGAGAAGGAUUCUUCGUUUCUUAUUCCCGCUUCUAUACCCAUACCGAGCCACGCCCAAGUGAAAAUGCGAGGGAAUAAUAGCAUUGUUAGCUUCGCGGGGAAGAAAUGCUCAGGUAAGAAAAAGCAUUUUGUGACUAAAACUUUCGCGCCCUUCACAAUCAUAUUGAUGCGCCGGUCCGGUGAGUGAGAGGGUCAUUGCCUUCUUCAAAUACAGAGAUUCCUUAGCAUUUCCUUUGGACCUCUCUUCAUGGAUUUGCCUCUAAUCUGUACUUUUUUCCUUUCUCCGUGUAUAUCUUAUCUAUCCUCCUUUCGAUUAAUUUCUUCCCCUCUGUAUCUAUCUUCAAGGAUACAUCUUUCUAUAUGAGAUGAGUGCCAUCAACAAUGAGCGGUCAGGACGAGAUGACAACAACGAAAUGGACAUUGCGAAUGUGGUGGAGAAUGUGGGCAAAGAUAUGAGGGGCCCAUCUGAAGAUCGAGGGCCUUACACCGAUGACCCAAAAGGGAUUGAGGACUCGAACCCAGUGGAUGUACCUCCUGAUGGCGGAUACGGCUGGGUUUGUGUCGCAUGCGUAUUUCUGAUCAAUGGGCAUACUUGGGGAGUCAAUAGUUCUUAUGGUGUUUUCCUCGCUCACUACCUUGCGAGUGAUACUUUUCCUGGCGCAACUUCCCUUGAAUAUGCGUUCGUUGGCGGUUUGUCCAUUUCUUUAGCCCUCCUCACCGCACCGGUAGCCACGAGCUGUACGCGCAAAUUCGGAACACAAUCAACUUUAGCCAUCGGUAUUGUACUCGAAACAGCGGGGCUUCUUGGGGCUUCUUUUGCAUAUGAGAUAUGGCACCUAUUCCUAUCCCAAGGUGUCGCUUUUGGGUUCGGUAUGGGGUUCCUCUUCGUAGGUAGCGUUGGAGUAGUUCCACAAUGGUUCUCGAAACGUCGAUCUUUAGCCAAUGGCAUUUCGGCAGCUGGAAGUGGGCUGGGAGGGCUGAUAUAUUCCUUGGGGACAAAUGCAAUGAUUCAAUCCAUUGGACUCGGUUGGGCUUUCCGAGUAUUGGCUAUUUUGGCUUGCGUAGUAAACACUGUCUGCACAAUUCUGGUCAGGGAUCGAAACCAUGCGAUUGGAUCUGUCCAGAAAGCUUUUGACUUACGACUGUUCAAGAAGCCUGAAUUUUUCCUUUUACUUGGAUGGGGAUUCUUCAGUAUGCUUGCAUAUAUCGUUCUUCUCUUCUCCCUACCUAAUUACGCGAGGAGUAUUGGUCUUUCAGCCAAGCAAGGUUCGGUUAUCGGUGCUAUCCUAAAUCUUGGUCAAGGUCUUGGUCGGCCAUUUGUAGGAGCAUUUUCAGAUGCAACUGGGCGAAUCAACAUGGCAGGCACGUGUACCUUCCUAGCAGGGCUUUUCUGUCUCGUCAUUUGGAUCUUCGCUAAAUCAUACGGAGUUCUCAUAUUUUUCGCUCUUAUUGUAGGAACUGUCUCGGGCACGUUUUGGGCUACUGUUGCCCCAGUAGGUGCAGAAGUAGUCGGUCUCAAAGUCCUUCCUUCGGCACUAUCCAUCAUCUGGCUAGUGCUUGUGAUACCUUGCACUUUUUCUGAGCCAAUUGGGCUAAAGCUGAGAGCUUCAUCUGGGGAUAUAUACCUACACGCACAGAUCUACGCAGGAUGUAUGUAUAUAGGCGCUGCACUGUGCAUGUGGGGUCUGAGGGCUUGGAAGAUCAAGGAACUGGAGAGCUUAAGAGAGGGUGAAAGAGAGAAAGAAAUAAGGAAUGACGAUGAGGUAAGGAGGGAAAGAGAAAGGGAACAGGGAGAAGAGAAAGAAUCUGAAGAGGGUGCCAAUGUUCCGAUGAGAAGGCAGAUGACAAGAACGGAGAGUGUGAAGCGAGCCACAAAGGGGCUCUGGGCUUUACAGAGAGUUUAGAGAAAUGAUAUGAUACCCCGGUAUGUUCAAGCUAGACGGCAGAGAGGAGACAUACAUAUAUACACAUAUACAUAUACACAUGCAUGUAAUUGUACAUAAAUCUUCGGCGAUUAAGAUCUUUUUCA